ACUUUCGAACAUGUCCCGCCAAAACGUGAUUCUGGCAGCACUGCUGCUGCUCGGUGCAGUGACAGUUGGCGCGAAACCGCAGCAAGCCGCAACGACUGCCAGUGGUGCCAGCAGUAGCGGUUCCGCCCCGGCUAGUGAUCGUCCUCCGGUGCUGGAGAACCCGGCGUACGACCCGACCAUGUACCAUCAGUUCCUGCCGCAGGACGCCGUCCAGCAGUACGUCCAAUCGUACACCGGUCCCAACUACCACCAGAAUCAUCCGACCGCCGUCGCAAGCAGCUACGGAUCGCAACACUUUGACCCGUCCGGCUUUGCGGCCAUUCCGGCCAAAGGAUUCGAGACGUACCUGGCCAUUCCGGCCACGAAUUCGGUGGUCCAGGAAAGUCACUCGCCCUCCCUGUUCGGCUCGGUCCGCGACUCCGUAAUUCCGUCCGCCCGUUCCGUGGUCGGCUUUUUCGGUCAACUGGCCCAGCUGGUGCUCGGAUCGGCCGGUGCGGUCGUGCUGGGAACGGUGCUGACGUCGCUUCUCUGCUUUUUCACGCCGUUCUGUACGCUGUCGUUCCGGAACGCCAAGCUGAUCGGAUCCGGCGUCGGUGAGACCGUCCAGGAGGUGAUGAACGCCGUCGGCGAGCAGGUCACGGCCGAGCGGGUCAAACGGGCGGCGGAGUUUGUGCAGGUGGCGAUCGACAAGUUCCAGCAGCUGAACGCGGUCGUGAGGGAGGCCAGCGAGCGGAAGGCGGCCGCGGCACGGGGACAGUGAGAAGGGGGUUUUGUAGAGUUGUGGCCAUUUCUAAGACUGAAUAUAGUUUGUUUUAAGUAA